AUGAGCGUUCCUGAAUGGACGCAUAUGGAAUGUGACUGCUCCAUUUUUAACGAGUAUCCUCUGACUACAGAAAAUGAGUCUCUUAAACUCAAGUCGCUCCAAAAAGCUCUCGCGUCGGAAGAUAUAGCAUUACUCAGAUACCUCGUAGCCACGAGAUCAGGAGCCGUGAAUAGGGAGCAGCGUGCAGUCAUUUGGCCCAAAUUGCUGGAGUUGGAUUCCUGGAAUCCUCCUCAACCUGUUCCGCACCUCAAGCACAAAGAUCACGAACAGAUUACCAAAGACAUAGAGAGAUCUUUUGUCUUUUAUCCAAAAACGGAUCCUGAUGAGAUGCUUUCAUUACGUGGACGCCUGGACCAUCUGAUCAACAGUGCCUUGUGUGCAUAUCCGGGACUCAACUAUUACCAAGGCUACCACGAUGUUGCCUCGAUCGCCGUUUUGAUUUUCGAUGACCUCAUGGCUUACAAAUUUAUGACGAAACUUACACUCAUGUACCUCAGAGACCACAUGUUGCCGGACAUUGAGUCUACAGUUAGAGAGCUCAAAUUGAUACCCGAGCUUUUAUCUUUGGUGGAUCCCAAAUUACACGCUCUCAUUGGCUCAAUUGAACCCAUUUAUGCGCUGAGCUCAAUGAUCUCCCUCUUUGCGCAUGAUAUCGCAGAUUUCGACGGGCUGUGUUUAGUUUGGGACUUCAUUCUGACCCAGAACAGUGCUGUCUUGGUGUACUAUAUUUAUGUGGCGGUACUUGUCUUCUAUAAAGAUGAUCUAUUGAACGAUCUGGAUGAUCUCUUGGGCAAGUCUUUCACGAGCGACGAUACCCUCACAGAAGAGACUGAGUUGGAUCUCGCGGACAGAGACCUUAUCCAUGUGACUCUGAACAACUUCAUAAGUCACAAUCUCAAGUGCAGUCAUCUUUUCGAAAUACUCAAGAAUGCCUUGCGGUACAUGGCCGAUUUCCCGCAUGGGACCUUGCAAACAACGAAAGACCUAAGCAAGUACAGCAUGCUAAGGGCGGCAUCCCUCAACCCGGAACUUAUCCUUUUGCACACGAGCGAACAGGAGCGGUCUCUCAAACGUUCUCGCGUCUCCAAGGCACUUGUCUCGCAUCACAAAACUCUUUCAAUGGUUGUCAAGUGUUCCAUCGGUAUUGGCGUUGCAGGCUUGGUGCUCAAGUACUCCCUUGCUUCAAGCGGGAUCCGUCCCAGACAUCUUGGAAUCUUCAACGCCGCGUCCUGGUGUUUUUCAUCGGCGCACGGGUUUUUCGAAACGGUUUUCAACGGAUUUGCAGAAUAA